AUGGAGUUCCCGGAGCACGGCGGGCGGCUGCUGGGCCGCCUGAGGCAGCAGCGCGAGCUGGGCUUUCUGUGCGACUGCACCGUGCUGGUGGGCGACGCGCGCUUCCCGGCCCACCGCGCCGUGCUGGCCGCCUGCAGCGUCUACUUCCACCUCUUCUACCGCGACCGGCCCGCGGGCGGCCGCGACGCGGUGCGGCUCAACGGCGACAUCGUCACGGCGCCUGCCUUCGCGCGCCUGCUGGACUUCAUGUACGAAGGCCGCCUGGACCUGCGCGGCCUGCCAGUCGAAGACGUGCUGGCCGCCGCCAGCUACCUGCACAUGUACGACAUCGUCAAGGUGUGCAAGGGGCGGCUCCGGGAGCAGGAGCGGGGCGCCGAGGCCCGGGGCGCCGCGGUCCCAGGCGCCGAGCCGUCGUGUCCCCCGCCCGCCUGGACACCUAACCUCUGCCCAGCGGCCCGGAAGGCCAGGGUCCCCGCAGUGGAGGCCAAGGCCGCCCUCCCCCCACGAGCAGCCGGGCCACCUCCCCGGCAGGCCCCAGGAGAGGCCGACCGCGCCCUGGACCUGUCGCUGAAGCCGGGCCCGAGGCCGGAGCCCGUGCGCCCACCCCGCGCCCCCCAACCUGCCACCUGCAGCUGCCCGCAGCCAGCAGCCCAGCCACUGGUCAAGGCCGAGCAGGACUCGCUGUCCGGACAGGAGGACAGCAGCGGCCCCGAGAGCCCCCGCAGCCCCCUGCCGCCCCCCUGCGCGUCUGCAGCCGAGAGCCUGGCGGCGGACCUGGAGCCGCUGCGGGUUAGCGGGACGCCGGGCACGGAACGGGUGCCGGACGGGCCUCUCCGCGUCUGCCCGCUGUGCAGCAAGCUCUUCCCCAGCGCCCACGUGCUGCAGCUGCACCUUGGCGCCCACUUCCGCGAGCGCGACAGCGCCCGGGCCCGGCUGUCCCCCGACGGCGCUGCGCCCACGUGCCCGCUGUGCGGGAAGGCCUUCUCGUGCAUGUACACGCUGAAGCGGCACGAGCGCACGCACUCGGGCGAAAAGCCCUACACGUGCGUUCAGUGCGGCAAGAGCUUCCAGUACUCGCACAACCUGAGCCGCCACGCCGUGGUGCACACGCGCGAGAAGCCGCACGCCUGCCGCUGGUGCGAGCGUCGCUUCACGCAGUCCGGGGACCUCUACCGCCACGUCCGCAAGUUCCACUGCGGCCUCGUCAAGUCCCUGCUGGCGUGA